UAAAAAAAAUCAUAAAGCAUGGUGAUAAGACCUAAUUUAUGCUUGUUGUGUAAAAACAACAGUGCGCAUUGGUGGUAUGUAUUUUAUGCAUGUAUGGUAAAUGUGUUAUUUGGGUUUUUCAGCAUGCCACGCUCGUUAGGCUUGUUAGAUAGUGAAAUAAGAGAAUAUUUAGAGAAACUUGAUGACUCGGAAGACGGAUUGGAUGGUUCGGACUCUGAACCGGAGGAUGAAGAUGAGAUGAAUGAAGAUCCUCCAUUAGUUACUGAGGAUACGGAAAAUGCGCAAGAACAGGAGGACCCUCCCCUUGAAGAAAGCAAUGAUGAAGAAGUGAGCAUACCAGGAGCACCUCAAAGAAACAGGCCCCUACUAUGGAAAAAAAGAAAUCUCGUUACUAAUGAAGAUGACCUUGUGUUUAGAGGUAAUACUCAAAUACCAGAAGCUUUAUUGAAUUGUAAUACACCAUUUGAAUUCUUUUCAUAUUUUUUUACUCCAAAUUUGAAAAAAGAAAUUGUUUACGAAAGUAACCUUUAUGCCACACAAAAGCAAAUAUCUAACCCAGAGACUAUAAACGAAAAUAUACUAAAUAAAUUUCUAGGCAUACUAGUUUUUACAUCCGUCAUAAAAUUUCCAAAUACAAGGUUAUAUUGGAGUGAUAAAUUUGGAUAUGAUCUUAUCAAAAACACCAUGUCACAAAAGAAGUUUGAAAAAGUAAGAUCGAUUAUUCACUUUGCUGAUAACACUAAAUGUCUCCCAAAGGAACAUCCUGAUUAUGAUAGACUCUAUAGGAUCAGACCACUUAUCGAAACACUAAAUCAUGUGUUUGGCACCGUCCCUAUGGAUCAAAGGCUAUCCAUAGACGAGCAGAUGUGCGCUACAAAAAUGAGCCACUAUAUAAAACAGUACUUGCCUAACAAACCACACAAGUGGGGCUUCAAAUUGUACCUUAUCUGCAGUCUGCAAGGAUAUGCUCACAAAUUUGAGCUAUAUGCAGGAGGAGGCAAUAAAAAUACUGCAUCUUUACCAGGAGAACCAGAUUUAGGAGAAUCUGGGAACACUGUCAUAAGGUUGGCUCGAAUGGUACCUCGUCAUGUAAACCACAUAAUAUAUUUCGACAACUUUUAUACUUCUUUGCCGCUUCUCACCUAUUUGGCCAAGGAAGGAAUAUAUUCUUUAGGGACAGUUCGGGUAAACCGCGUACGAAAUUCUAAAUUACCAGAUAAAAGAACAAUAAUGAAAAAAAAUGUUGCAAGGGGUUUUUACGAAGAGAACGUAGCGAAUGUAGAUGGUACUGAAGUGAGCGCAGUUGUUUGGAAAGAUAACAAGCCUGUCAAUCUUCUUUCAACUUACGUAGGUGCCGAACCAGCCACCACUGUAUCAAGAUUCGACAAAAGGAGGAAAGAAAGAGUUGAGAUCCCAUGCCCCAAAAUAAUUCGUGAGUAUAACACUCACAUGGGAGGGGUGGACCUGUUAGAUUCUUUUAUAGGACGCUAUCACAUAACGAUGAAGAGCAGGAAAUGGACUAUGCGUCUUUUUUACCACUUUUUGGACCUCUGUGUCAUCAACUCAUGGGUAAUGUACAAGAAAGUGCACAAUCAACUGGGUACCAGCAAAUUGUUAAAUUUAGCUCAAUUUAGAUUAGACGUUGCAGAGACAUUGUGUCAGACUGGGUUGCCUAUCAGUGGUUGCAAGCGUGGCCGUCCCAGUACCAGCAGUAUACAGGCUCAACUUGAAAUGAAGAGGAGUCGCACAUCAGCUCAGUCAGUUCCGUCUAAAAAUGUUAGGUUGGACCAAACAUCACACUGGUCAGUUUGGUUAGAAAAACAGCAACGAUGCAAAUACCCCAAAUGUACUGGAUACACAUUUAAAAAGUGUGAAAAAUGUCAGGUAUCUUUAUGCGACACCAAACAGAAAAAUUGUUACUAUAAGUACCAUACUGAAUAAACAUAAUAAAUAUAGAUUAAAAAAAUCACUUCAUUUUUACUUACUCAUACAUCAUAAUGACCCCUAAAUGCGCAAUGUGGUUUUUAAACAACCAACACAUUUUAUGAAAAAAAUUACAUAAAAACUAAGUCAAUCUUUUUUUAAAUAUUUUUCCCUGUAAGUAUAGAAGCUAAGUUACAAAAUAUAUUUUUUUUUAACAAAAUAGAAAAUUCGCG